ACUCUGUUCCCACUUCUUGUCAGCGGAAUUUUCGCAAAAUAUGUGGCUUACCUACCAGUAUGUUCGUAACCAACGUCAUUCGUUGGGUAUCUGGUACGUGGCUAUGGACACUGUUGCGAUAUUGGCCAUCGUCGGGUCUCCCAUUUCGCAUCUGGACUCCUAUUCUCCCCAGCCGGGAGCCCAGUCAGGAGCAGGACAUUGAAAGCAAUGCACUGGCUCUAGCCAUCGCGCAUCCUGAAGGCGAACACUGUUGUAGGAUACAAAACGACGAGCGGACGGCCAGCGAGGGUUCGAGGCUUGCAGAAGACUUUCUCCCUCCAACUGAAAUCUUCGAUACGAGUCGAACGCCUAACAUACCUUUCUGGUCACUUAAGCCUUACGACUUCAUCGCUGAAGGCGCUACAGCACACGUCUAUGGGAUCAAUUCAGCUAUAGUGCUGAAGGUUCCCAUAUGCUACAACAACCCCGAUACAAACGAUAUUACGGAUCAUGCUGCGGGAAUUGAAUCUCUGAAACACGAAAAAGCGAUCUACGAUAUCCUGGACGAGCAGAAAUUCAAACAUCCAAAUAUUCUCUGCUGUAUACUUUCCAUCCCAGAAGGGAUAUUUCUUGAGCGCCUUGCAACCACACUAGAGUUUCGAAACAGAAAUCGAAAGAAUGAGCCAGUUAAUGAAAAUACCAUGAUGCGUUGGAUCAAGCAACUCGUUAGUGCAGAAGCUUAUCUUGAAGAACUGGGUUAUGUUCACGGUGACCUACGACCUGCAAACAUCCUAUUAACGAACCAAGACCAUCUCAAACUUUGUGAUUUCGAUGCUUCUGUCCGGCCUGGUGAGCGACUCCUAACUGCAUCUCCAGGGUUCUCUCAAGUCUCCGACUUAAAAACCUACCAGCCCUGUAUAGCUAGCUGUAGCACCGAGCAGUUAGCUAUUGGAUCUUGUAUCUUCACUAUUGGAACAGGGACUGAACCCUUGGAGGAUGCAGUAGAUCAAGUGCGAAGGUUCUACUACAAUGACUUUCCAUCUACAAAUGGCAUGAUUUUCGGUGAGGUUAUUCGGAAUUGCUGGGGGAAAAAAUUCCGCUCAAUUGCCGAGCUCGAACGUGUUACCAAUGCAAAUUUGAGCACUGCCUUCCAAGAUACAAAUACACCAGCCAUGGAUAAUCAAGAGUUGAACCUCCGGCUCCAAGAAUGCGAAGAGUUCCUGCACGCCAACACGGUUGUUGAACAGACUAGAGAUGUAUUUGAGCAUACCUAGCGUAACAUUAUAAAGAAACGUCUUCAAUUACUUAUAUAGUACACACUUUAAUUCAGCUCGAAUACAGUUUAAACGAGUGUUGGUCUGAUAAUGGACCCAAGCCUGUGUACGCCUGUG